UUUGGGCUCACGCAGGCAGCACAGCAGGAGCAUGAGCGUAGGAGGGGCAGCUGCAUGUCUGUCCGUCUCCCGAGCAGGGGCAUGGGCCCAGGAGAAACGGCAGCAUCGCCUCGAUCCCCCACUGGAGGCGUAAGCGCAGAAGGGGCAGCAGCAUCACCCGUGCGAUCAGCUGCCGUUAGCUGGGCUGACGAGUGCGGCAGCUGCGGAGGGGUCCCGGCUACAGGCGCAGACGCUGCGUGCGUGCGCCAGUCGUUGGAGUGCCUCAGGCUCGACAUGGAGGCGGUCUUUGAUAAGCACAAGGAGCUCUGGCGACAGCAUCCUGCUGCGUCCUCUGGACCUCGCGCUCCAAUGACAGAACCUGCAUACCGGGUUCCGGACCAGGUGCUCCGUGACCACCAGCACCCCACCUCGCCGAAGAGGGCAAGGCUCCGCGACGCGGGCCGCACAUUCGCAGAGAGCGACGUCAAGCGUGUUUCGAGCAACAAGAGUGGCAGAUCAGACGAAGCGAUGGCCAGGAUUCGCAAGCUGCAGAAGGAACGCACCACCUUCCUCACGCAGGAGGACAAGAGUUGGAUGCACACCCUCUUACCGUCUAGCCAUCAUUCAUGGAUUAAUCGUUGUUCCACGCGGCUGCCUGGAAGUAAGCUUGGAGAUUUCAGCUCAGUGAGAAAGACGACGGACCUUGUCUCGAAGCUGGUAAGGCAUCCUGGUUACCAGCUCGCUCGGGGCAUGAUGAUGGUUCUGGAUGCAGUGCUUGUUGUGUGGGAGAUGCAAUACGCAGCACAGCGCGCAACGUCUGGCAUUCACAAUGGCCUAGGAGGCAUCGAAGACGCAACGAUGUUGAGUGCAUGUAUGGACAUAUCUUGUGUGAUAUUCGUUACAGACCUCCUCUUGGGGUGCACAGCAGGCCUGUCAGACCCCACCAUCUCUACCGGACACGGCUGGCAGUAUUUCCACGUCGUGGUUGUGAUCGCACAGUUGUUUCAGACCAUUGGCCAGCACUCGCACCGACACCAAAGGUCAUACUCGCAGUUCCGGGUUGUCCUUGCCAUGCUAUCCACAUUGCGUCUGGCCAGGUUGUUGUCGCUGGUGCUGGUGACGGACGUCAUUCGCCAGCACCCUUUUUUCAGGGAGCUGCGCAUCAUGAUCCACUCGCUCACCGGUGCGGUCAAAGGCUUCCUGUGGUCUGGUUUGCUGAUCUUCACGAUCCUGCUCAUCUUUGGCACCGUCCUGUCAGAGGGGGCACUGGCCUUCCUCGUCCAAGGCGGGGGAGAGGACGCAUCCGCUGGCCCGGCAGCGCCUCUGCAGGCGCGCUUCGGCUCGCUGUUCCUCGCCGUGCUCACCCUCUUCCAGGCGAUGUCCGGCGGCGUCGACUGGCACGAGGUCUGGCAGAUCUUGGACGCGCUCGGCUGGGGCUACAGGGGGGUGUUCUUGCUGUACAUUGGCUUCUCGUUCCUAACCCUGCUCAACGUGGUCACGGCCGUCUUUAUAGAAGGCACGAUGAUGCGCUGCACGACAGACCGAGGCCUGGUGGUGCAGAGCGAGCUCAUGGCCAAGAGGGACUUCCUCCAGGCCAUGCGGAAGGUGUUCCAGGAGCUCGACGUCGAUGAGGACGGCGACAUCACAGUGGAAGAGCUCAGGGGGCGCAUGCAGGAGCCCGAGAUCGGGGCCUAUCUGCCAGCUGGGCGUGGACUCGGAUCAGGUGGGCAAGCUCUUCCUCCUCCUGGAUCGGGACAAGUCUGGGGCACUCGACCCCGAGGAGUUCAUGUUCGGCUGCCUGAAGCUCAGGGGAGCGGCCAAGAAUCUGGACGUGGCGGUGCUGCACCAGGAAGUUCAGUGGAUCCACGAGACUCUUGAGAUCGUUGUUGCAAAUUUGAAGCCCGACGGCCUCCGCAAUGCGAAUGCGAGGCCCGUUGGGCGAAUUUCCCUCUCUGGAGCGGAGUCCUCAAUUGAGACGUCGCCCAAAACACUCUCUCCCUUGUCACCCACGUCGGGUGGUGCCGCCGGUGCGCGACAGACCCCAGCUUGGAUGGUUGAGGAGUUCGAACAGCGCAAUACCAUAACAUCCUUUCAGUGAGCGAGCCACGGAAUCGUGGAAUUAGGCGAUCGGUUGUUGAUCCUCAGUCAUACGUUCGCUUAUGAUGCGUAGAUGCGCAACUGAGAUCCACUGAAGCCGCGUGGCUAGCCGUGGGGCGCAGUUAGCGUAGGUUUUUCGCCUUAUCGAUUAUUAUCGGUAAGCACGCUGAAACAGGUACUGCCCUUGUCCUUGAAAAGGCUCGAUAGAAUCGGC